CAAAGUAUAGAGGACUUAAUAGCAAGUCAGCUCCUCUGUAGGCCUUGCUUCCCCCGCCCCCUUUUUUUGGCCUGUCAUUUGUUUGCACAUUGAAGGGGAGAAUAAAACAUUUCACUUCGUAUUAUACAAAAUCAGACAAAGCGUAAGAUCAGCAGUAGGUUGGGAUGCCACCUAAGUUAAAUGAAAAGCUAUGCAUUGACCUUCAGUUUUGCUCCUACUGAUUGUGGUUCCUCGGGAACCCUAAUCAAUUGGGUGUACAGGAGAGGUUUAAGUGGUGGCAGCUACCUGAGUUAGGCCGCAGCAUGAAAUCUGGUUGGCCUAGUCUUAGAGUCAUUCUGUAUACAGAAAGUGGUGGUAGGCUGAGGUGGUUGAAUCCCAGACUUGUAGCACUGCAAACUGAAGGUGCUGGUCAGGUCAAAUGUUGAAUGCUCCUUCAUGUAAAACUGCCUGAUGGAAGAAAAUCCCUGUGCAUGGAAUUCCACCGUUUUCAUAAAAACCUAUGAUGAUAAUGAGACUGCUGCAUGCAGUAAAAAAAAGGCCUACGUUCAGCCCUGUAUUUAUUUAUUUUUGUCAAACCUCAUCAUAUUUAUGUCUAUACAAGACUCCAGUAUGGAAAACAGUUCUGAAACAUACAAAACAGUGGGCAAGAACUCAAAACACAGCAGCACUUAUGAAAAUGGAGGACACCCUAAAAGCUGAAGUCCAAAAUGAAAAGAAAAAUAAGCAGGAAACCCACAGCAAAUCAUUGAAGAAGCAACAGAAAAAUAGGAUUUCACCAUGGAAAACUGCAAAGAAGAAAAAGAAAAGAUUACAGCUGCAGACACAUGAGGUGGAGGACAACUAUUGUGAGAGUAAAUCAGAGUCAAAUCCAGAAUCGGUGGACAUUUGGACUGGCCACCAACAUUCUGAGGGAAGGAACCUAAGCGCACCACAGUCUUCUGAUCAAGAGACCUCCAAACCCCUAUUACAGUUAACUGAAGACAGUACUGAUGAUUUCAGUACUGAAUUGACCCUUUUUAAUGAUUCGGUGGCCACAAGCAACUUGAAGUCUUGCAAUGAGUAUCUACCUUAUUAUAGGACAUAUGCAAGCCUCUUGGAAACUCCUCUGGAUAUCACUACAGAAGUGAAGCAUGAGAAUACAGAAAGAGAAGGCGGUGUUCAAAGCAAUGGCUGUGUCUUUCAGGAUAAAUAUGAAGAUGAGCCACUACAUGACACGGAUAUUGCCAGUGGAUAUUUCCCAUAUUACAGAUCAUACGAGGAAUACUUUGGCAGCUCCGAUCCUCCUAGUGAGACACACAGCGCGGAGAAUGAAGAGGCAGAGACAAACAGCAAAGAAGAAACAGAAAGUGAAAAUGACUAUGAGAUUGAGGAAGCAUAUGAAGAUACAGUUUUUCAUGAAAAUGGUGCAACAAGCAAGGAUACCAGCCAGUGCUCUGGUCUUGAAGUCACCGAAAGCUAUUUAUUAAGCAACCCCAUCAUUGAGCCCUUUGAUUCUGAGAUCUCUUUCUUUGAUGAACUUUUAAGCCUUAAUCGACCUUCUUCCAGUGGCUAUUUUCCAUAUUACAGAACAUACGGAAAGUUGCUCCCCAGCCCAGAAGCCUCAAGUACUGUGCUCUCUAGCCAAGAAGACGUAUUCAAAGGGUUUGGUAUGGAACUGGAAGGAACUGGAGAAGGAACUAAAGAUUACAACAGUGCCGGCUGUCCAGUAUGUUGACCCCACUGGGAUCAGCAUCACAUGGCAUUGUUUUCAAGGAUUUUUACAUUAUACCAGCCUAGUAAUAAUUUAUAUUUAAAUCUUCCUAUUCAAAAUUCUUCUGCAUAUUAAGUGGAUUUUUGGAAGAAGUGGGAUAUUCAACUGGCUUUUGCUAUGAAAUUUGAGAAAUUGGUGAUCUUUGCAGGGGGGAAAUGAGGAUAAAGAGGAAAAUGAAAAAGCUAUAAGUCCUUUGCUGCUGAUUCUACAGGACAGAAGGUCAGACUCUCAAACAGUUAAGGGGAAAGAGUGCUUUGUCAUGAUCAAGGCAAGUUCUCAAACAAGUUUUUUUUAGCUUGCUAUUUACAUAAGUUUCAGUUCUUAAGAGGAAGUUUGAGAUUGUACCCUUCUCUGUGCCACAAAUGCUCAAAUUGUGGAAAGUGGAGGUAGGAGAGAUUUUGGGGUCUGUGUGUUUACAAAAGAAUAGGCAGCUCAACAGCAAAAAGGAGUGGAGCUUGCCAGUUGCUGCAUAGAAGAAGCUGUACACCUGCUGAUGAAAAGAAUAUGCAAUAUAGUUAAUUUCAUAAUUUUAAUAUCAAGAAUGGUUUCUUCAGUUUUGGCCUAUAACAAAGAUGUAGUGUGUGACAAAUGUACGAUAUUUGUCCACUAGUCAAUCUGAGUAACUUUCAGUCUGCUGUUUUGAGAGUGUCAUUGCUUGGCAGCUUUAUCAGCUGAUUGUCUACAGAGUGUAAACAAUUACAGGAGAAGAAAAGUGAGACAGGGACACGAGAUGAUAUAAAGUACUAGGGAUGACUGUGUUAUAGCCAUCUCACAAGCAUUACUAUUUCUCUCUAAGAUUUUUUUUUUUAAAGCCCCGUGUUUUGUUAAGGAUAGGAAGGAACUGCAUUGCAUUUGUUUAAUAAAUAAAUCUAUAUUUUAAUGUA